AGGCUCAAACCUCUUCUAUCCUGUAGUGUGUUCACACUUUCUUAAAAAGCCAACAUCAAUAGAGGAUUUUCCUUAAUUCUGUGCCUCUUGUUUCAACUCUUUUUCCUUUUUCAUAUGUUCACCUUGCUUCAAUCUCCACUCCACCAAAUGAAUGAAACUAAUAAUAUCAGCAAAUCCAAGAAAAGGCAAAGAAAAGAUGACAAGCAAGAAGAAAAUGAUAGUGAUGCCAGCAAUUCAUUUGGGCAAGAUGGCAGCAGAAAGAAGAAGAAAACCUUAAAGGGUUUCAUCACAUCAUUGAUAUUGCUAGAACAACAAGAGAAGAGUGAUCAAGAAGAGCAAAACCAUGCUUCAAAUGAAGAGAAAAUAUUGUUCGAGGCAAACCACAAGAAAAGGAUUAAAACAAUGGUUGAAUACUACGGCAAUAUUCAAGAUGACCACGUAGAAAUUCAAGAAACAGAAAGAAACAAGCGCAAGAAGUCAAGGGCAGUAGCUGGUGCUGCUGCUGUUUCUGCUGCCUCUAAUGGGGUUGCUGCUAUGAAAGGAAUUAAAGACGCAAAGCACGGUGGUGGUGCUGGUGGUCAACAAAGACGUUUGUGGGUGAAAGAUAGAGAUAAAGAAUGGUGGGACGAUUGUAAUAGAUCAGAUUAUCCAGAGGAAGAAUUCAAGAAAGCUUUUAGAAUGAGUAAGUCUACUUUUGACUCGAUAUGUGAGGAGUUAAAUUCAGUUAUAGCUAAAGAAGAUACUACUUUGCGUAAUGCUAUUCCUGUUAGGCAAAGAGUUGCUGUUUGUAUUUGGAGAUUGGCUACUGGUGAACCUCUUAGACUUGUGUCAAAGAGGUUUGGUUUAGGUAUUUCUACUUGCCAUAAAUUAGUUCUUGAAGUAUGUUCAGCUAUAAGGAAUGUUUUAAUGCCUAAGUAUUUGCAAUGGCCUGAUGAGGAUAAUUUGAGGAAGACAAAAAAUGAAUUUGAAUCUAUUUCUGGGAUACCUAAUGUUGUGGGGUCUAUGUAUACUACUCAUAUAUCUAUCAUAGCUCCAAAGAUUAGUGUUGCCGCUUAUUUUAAUAAGAGGCAUACAGAGAGGAAUCAGAAAACAUCCUACUCAAUUACUGUUCAAGGCGUUGUUGAUCCAAAAGGGGUGUUUACUGAUGUGUGUAUUGGUUGGCCUGGUUCAAUGCCUGAUGAUCAGGUGUUGGAAAAGUCUGCUUUAUUCCAAAGGGCUAAUGGAGGCCUUUUGAAGGAUGUUUGGCUUGUUGGGACUUCAGGUUACCCAUUAAUGGAUUGGGUUUUGGUGCCGUAUACACAGCAGAAUUUGACAUGGACUCAGCAUGCUUUUAAUGAGAAGAUUGGGGAGAUUCAAUCGGUUGCUAAGGAUGCCUUUGCAAGGUUGAAAGGGAGGUGGAGUUGCUUGCAGAAAAGAACAGAGGUGAAACUACAAGACUUGCCGGUGGUUCUCGGGGCAUGCUGUGUGUUGCAUAAUAUUUGUGAAAUGCAAAAUGAGGAAAUGGAUCCAGAGCUGAGGAUGGAACUUGUUGAUGAUGAGAUGGUACCUGAGGUUGCUUUGAGAUCAGCAAGUUCAAUGAAGGCUAGGGAUGCUAUUGCUCAUAAUCUUCUGCACCAUUGCCAUGCGGGCACCAGUUUUCUAUAGCUAACGAGCUCCAUUUGGUGAUUCACAUUUUCUAGAGAGUGGAGGGCCAUCAUUUUAUUAACCAACAGCUCACUUUUUCCAAUGAAAUCAGAGCUGGGGAAACAUAAUUUACGUCUUGUUAGAAACAAAGCUGCUUUGAUACUGGCUAGCUGGGAACUUGCUGCUAAUUAGCUCGCACCCCAGUCCCAUGGGCAUUGGCUUUCCACAAGAGAUCAGGCUGCCUUUUGCUGUCCCAAAGGCACGUCUAGGCUCUAGCAAAACUCCCUUUCCUUAACCCAGUUCAAUUUCAAAAUGCGACUAUGUAACUGCAGAACUUGCAUACAAAACUUCAAUCCUUCAUGAAAUGCCAAUGGAAUCCAGAGGGUUGUAGAGUAGUUUAAUCAAGUCUGGUUCCUUGGAACUUGUGCAUGCUGAUACCCUCCCAUUCUAACUUCUGGUGUUAUUAGGUUAAGGUACAGCUCACAAGAUGCCAAUUUUCAUUUUAGCUUUUGAGUUUUGAUAACAGUGGGUUACUCUGGUUAUCUUUUUUUGUCGUCAUGCUUUGUAUCAUAGAUCAUUCAAGUUUUGGAGUUCCAAUUUAUUUCGUAUCUUAGUUCUUGUCUAGUAAUAUGAUAACAGCUUGUACACUUGCUGUUGAUUAGCCAUGUAAGGAUCGAUCUGUGCAUAUUUUCAAGUCAAGGACAGGCUUGGAGCUGUUUGGAACUAUGGUUUCUGCCUGAAGUUUAUUUAUCUCGAUAUUGUUAUGAUCCUUCAAGCUAAUUUCAUUCGAUUGUAGGUAAUAUAGGCAAGUCAUAAUCAUAUAUUUCAAUUGAUUUGACAUCACAAAACUUAGUAUACUAUGUGUGAACGGAUGAGAAGGAUUCAGGGUCUUGGAUGACAAAAGUUGUUAUAGUUUAUUGACUUGAUGAGUUAUAAAAUUGGUAAUCAACCUCUGAGUUGGUCAGCAGACCUGGAAGAUUGGACUUGGCAAUGCUGAGCAUAUCCAGUAGAUUAUAGUUAUAUUUCCAAUUGGAGGGAGAUAUUCAACUGAAAUAUUUAGUGCUAAAGAAAA